CAGUCACUGUCAACAUUUGGUACACUGUUUUCGAGAGUCGGUGUUGUUAAUUUUAAGAUUAGAGUCAGGUAAUAAGAUUUGAGAAAAAGCAUCAGAAGUGGAUCUUAUAAGUUGUUAAAACGUCAAAGCAUAAACAUGUCUAUUACAACACUGUACUACAUGCAACUGAAAAGAGAAAAUGCUCAUGAAGAUUCUAUUUGGUGCUGUACUUGGAGUAAGAUAGAAAAUGAGAAGCCAAAGGAACCGGAAAAUGAGAAUAUGGACCAAACACAGGAUUCCAACCAUUCUGAGGCUGGUUCAGAAAACUACAUGAUAACUGGAGGACUGGAUGACCUCAUUAAAGUGUGGCAGUUUGAAAAUGGAAAGCUCGAGGAAAAGUACCAGUUAGAGGGCCACUCACUUGGUGUAAUCUCAGUGGCUGUCAGUCCUGAUGGGAAAACUUUAGCCAGUAGUUCUCAAGAUUCCUCUCUCAUUCUCUGGGACUUGACAACUGGUGAGAAAAUUAAGACAAUGGAGACAGGUCCCACAGAUGUGUGGACCUUAGACUUCUCUCCUGAUGGAAAACACAUUAUUUCUGGAAGCAAUGCUGGCAAGAUAUUGAUAUUUGAAGUUGAGAGUGGGAAGCAAGAACAGACUUUAGAUACUAGGGGAAAAUUCACAUUGAGUGUAGCCUAUAGUCCAGAUGGCAAAUACAUAGCAAGUGGAGCUUUGGAUGGUAUUAUCAAUAUUUUUGAUGUAGCCCAAGGCAAGCUUGUACACACAUUGGAGGGCCAUGCUAUGCCUAUCCGAAGUCUCUGUUUCUCGCCUGACUCACAGUUGCUGCUCACAGCUUCUGAUGAUGGACAUAUGAAACUUUAUGAUGUCGUUCACGCUAAUUUAGCGGGGACGCUCUCGGGCCACGCAUCAUGGGUACUAUCAGUCGCAUUCUCGCCUGAUGGAAAACGCUUCGUAUCCGGCAGCGCGGACAGGACUGUACGCGUUUGGGAUUUAGAUAGUAUGCAGUGCCAACAUGUAUUUAAAGAACACAGUGAUCAGGUCUGGGGCGUGAAGUUUAAUGCAGAAAGUAAUAAAAUUAUGUCUGUUUCCGAAGAUAAAAGCUUAAAUAUUUAUGACUGCCCAUUAUAGUUUUAAAAUAUAUGAUAUACUUUUACUACCUUGACUUGUCUUUUCUUAUUUUUAUAAUACAAAAAGAAGUGCCUAUGUCCUGACUUUUUAUGUUAUAAUAACAUGUUUUAACAACAGAUAAACAUAUUAAAGCUUGGACAUGUACGACACGUGAUCACUUUUGUUACACCUUAAUAAAACUGUAUAUCGCUCACGAGUAGAAAUUCGAUGAUUAACUUUGGACUUGUCACAGAAAGACUUAUUUUCUUAAAUAGUAUGUUUUGUGUGUUUACAAAUAAGAUAAAUAAAAAAGUAUUUUUGAACGAUUUUAUAAUUGUCAUCUCUCUGUCAAGUCAACGUCAAAUGAAAUGUCAUAAAGGAGGUUGUGUUGUUUGGAAAUGUGAAUAAAAGUAAAACUUUAAGGUUUUUAGUGUUUUUAUACUGAAAUAAAAUAAUUAGUUACCAUAUACUACAUGGAAAUGCCUGCUAACACAAUUUAUUCUUUAAUAAC